GCACGCGACCUUGAGCACUCCGCCCUCAAAACCAAUAAGUUGCUUCUUCGCAGCAAUCACCAUCCUUCCUACAUUCCACCACCAACCUCUCUCGUUGAUCAAGUCCAGUCCGGCACUUGCUCGCAUUGUCACAAGCACUUCUGUUCGGCAUACGCACGAUCGGUCCUUUCAACUUCAGCUUUCGAGCAUAUACGCUCACUCCUGGCGCAUACACGCUGCGCCUACACCCUUCGGCAACACCAUCGUCCACGGCAUCCUCGCCAAAGGACCGCCCCUAGACGCCGACGGGUGCCAGCACCACGUCUGUGAUUGACCUAGACCUCAGCGCUGUUCAAUUUGUAUAGCAUAUUGUUUCCACCCCAUCUUCUUGUCCCAUAUGUCUUUCUUCACUCCGAUGUUCGACACCCCUGGUGCUGGGCCUUCGUACAGUCAAGGCCAGCUUGGUGCAGCAUUCGCCCCAUCUGGACCUCGCUCUAUCGCUACGCCGUCUGGCGGAAGUCGCAAACGCAAGGACAUGGACAGUGAGAGUGAUGAAGACUCUUUCGUGGCGGGCAAUGCUGGUCCGCGUAAGAUCGCAUAUGCUCGUCGUGCCGGACCCGGCGCAAAUCUUUCUCUCGACGUUUCUCCCGCUGUAUUCUACGACCCAUCCCACCUGGCUGCGGCCCAGGAGCAAGUCCGCAUGAUCUUUGAGCAACACCGCUCUCGUCUGCCCCCAACGCCGGAGACCUCGCCAUCUCAAGGCUACUUUGGGCUCGGAAAUGCGCCUCACAACCAGCAACCGUGCCACGACUCGUCUGUUGGCAGCUUCACUGGGUAUCCCAACGUGAACCCCUACCCGAACUUCUCGCCGGGGGUGAUGGGCCCGGUAAUGGGUAGUGACACCGGCAUGGCUGUCGAUGGUGCUGCCAACUCCCAUGGUGCGCAUUGCCGCGCGAUCCCUCAACUCUUCGUCAAGCGCCUCGUUGAUGCUCAAGCUGGUUGCUUCGAGCUUUGGGCACGAUGCUCUGACUGUGGAGGGGAAAGCAAGGUUGAGACUGGUGCUGACAACGACGCACUUUCGUACUCGCCUUGA